ACAUCAAACUUGCGUUUCACGGAGCAGUUACAAUUGUGUGUUCUCUAUGCAUUCUUUUCGAAGAGAUCAACCACUUUCAGUUCAAUUUCAAACGAGCUGAAAGGAACCCUAGAAUUUUGGGGAGAAAUGGAGCAGUACCUGGGAAGAACCGUGAAAAAGAAGUUUAAACGGUACGGAGUGUUCACUGGUACUGUGAAAUCGUAUGAUUCUGAGAGUGAAUUCUUCAAGGUUGUUUAUGAAGACGGAGAUUCCGAGGAGCUUGACCUUUCCGAGCUAGUUCCUCUUCUGGUUGGGUCUCAAUCUGCUGAAGCCGACCUCACCCGGAAGUCGUCUUGUUUUGGUAGAAAGCCUCUGAAAAGGCCUCGUGUGGAGCAGGAGCAGGCCGGGAAUGCAGCGGCAACUGAUAGUGACGAGGAACUUAAUUCUGAUGACUUCAGUGCGUGCUUUGAAAAAACUCGUCUGGAAAAUGGAGGAUUGGAUGAAGAGACUAAGAACUUAGACACUGAAUUGAAUGUGUCAUUGGCUAGAACUGCCGAUUCAAGUUAUGAAGAAACUCAAAUAAAUGGGAAUGGCCCACAUGCCGAGGCACUUUGUGGCAAGAGUGCAGAAAAAACUCCACGGAAUCUGUGUGGUGGUUUGGUUGAGAAUAGAUUUGAGGAUGGGGCUUUAGAGGGAGUUGACAUUGACUUUGCAGAUGUGGCAACUCCCAGAGAUGACUUUGUAAUCAGUGUAUCAUCAUGUGGGCAAAAAGGAAGACAUUGUAGGAAGAGGGGAAUGCUUUCCAAUGCUCCCCAUGGUAUGAUAGAUACAAUGUUGAGGAGAAGCACUCGUAGAGCAAGUGAGUCUUCCUCAUCUCAACAUAAAAUUCCUCAAGCAGUAGUGGAAGAUGCAGUCAGUGAUUCUCCAUCAUCUCCUGCUCUCAGUGCCGGUUCGGAUGAGAAAAUUACAAUAUCUGGUCAUGAAGUCUUUGAGGACCAAAAUGUUCUCUCCCCAAAGCCUGAGCUGCCACCUUCUUCAAAUAGUUUGGAUUUAAUUGGAUUGUCUGUGCAGGAUGUCUUCUCCUUGUAUGCCUUUUUGCGUUCAUUUAGUUCAGUAUUGUUUUUAAGUCCCUUCGAGCUGGCGAACUUUGUGGCAUCCAUUAAAUGCAGCACGCCUACUGUGUUAUUUGAUUCUAUUCACCUUUCUCUUCUACAAAUGCUAAGGAAGCACUUGGAGACUCUCUCUAGUGAAGGUUCUCAGCUUGCUUCUAAAUGUCUUAGGUCUCUUAACUGGGAUUUGCUAGACAUGAUCACUUGGCCUAUCUUCAUGGUUGAGUAUUUGCUUAUGCAUAGUUCAGGAUUGAAAUCUGGUUUUGAUAUUUGUUGCCUAAAACUAUUUGAGUGUGACUACUACAAGCAACCAACUUCCGUGAAGAUCGAGAUAUUACGUUGCCUUUGCGAUGAUGUGAUGGAAAUUGAGAUCAUAAGGGCAGAGCUUAAUAAGAGAACAUUGAUGAGAGAGUCAAACAGUGAUCUUUAUCAAAAUUUGAGGUUUGACACUUUGAAGAGAAGAAGGGCAACAACGGAUGUUGCAACUGGUUCAUGCUUGACAGAGGAGCUGGGAGAUGAAAGUGUUGAUUGGAACAGUGAUGAGUGCUACCUUUGUAAAAUGGACGGGAACUUAAUAUGCUGUGAUGGUUGCCCUGCUGCUUUCCAUUCCAAGUGUGUGGGUAUUGCCAACAGUCUUCUGCCAGAGGGAGAUUGGUUCUGCCCUGAAUGUGUCAUUGAUAGAAAGUUUCCUUUUAUAAAAAUGGGGAAUUCAGUUAGAGGAGCUGAAUUGUUGGGAAUGGAUGCUUAUGGCCGGCUGUACUUUAACUGCUGUAAUUAUCUUUUGGUGUCAGAUUCAUGGGAUGAUGAGUCAUCAUUCAAGUACUACCACAUAAAUGAUUUGCCUGCAGUUUUGGGGGCACUUAAAUCAUCUGAAAGUGUUUACCACACUUUGCUGACUUCAAUUUCCAGACUUUGGGAUGUAUCCUCUGUCGUUGAAGGGGUGAACUGUACUGAUACUCCUUCAAUUGCAAUGCAAUAUGCCUAUAAUAGGUUUGGUGAGAGUAACCCUGUGACAAUGCCAAGGAUCCCUUCAUGUUCUGCUGAUCUAGGAUGUGAGAAGUCAGUGACUGCCAACCCUUUGUCGAAGAUGGACAUUCUUAGGGGGGCUGCCAAUGUGUCUCAAGCAUGCAUAAGCAAUCAAAAUACUAAGGGAAGUGGGAUGCCAGAUGAUACUGAACUUUCACGAAAGCUUGAGAAUGGACAAAACCAUUUGCUUGAGGAGGCACAUCUUAAUUCACCCAUAAGCAUAGAUGACCGACCAAUGAAACUAAGUUUUGGAGCUCCAAUGUCACACUAUCAGUGCUUAGACUCUUACAUGAACUUUUAUAGCUUUGCUCGAAUAUCAUCAGCAGUAGUUGAGCAUUUAGCCCGUAAACCAUCAGACAAUAAGUCUACCGAAAAUGUUUUAAGAUCAGAGGAGGAAGUAAUUUCAGCUCAGCUGAAAGCUAUAUCAAAAAAAUCUACUGACUUCUAUUGGCCAAAUAUUAAACAAUUAAAUGUUGGUGCCAGGAAAGAAAAAUGUGGAUGGUGUUACUCUUGCAGAGUUCCUGAAUGUGAACGGGACUGCUUGUUUUUAAUGAAUGACACUGGCCCAGACCAAGAAUUUUUUUCAAGUGAGGCAUUAGGUGUUAGUUCACAAAAAUAUAUGGAAGGCCAUCUUGGUGAUGUCAUAUGCCAUAUCCUUUGCAUUGAAAAUCGUCUACAUGGGCUCUUGUUGGGUUCUUGGUUAAAUUCAAAGUACCCACAAAUCUGGAAGAAAAGUGUUCUCAAAGCAGCUGAUGUUCCAUCACUAAGUAUUUUAUUGCUUAAGUUAGAGUCAAACCUUCGUGAGCUAGCGCUUUCAGCAGACUGGUUUAAACAUGUGGACUCUUUAGAUAUACUGGGGUCUGCAUGUCAUGUUGUGAUCAGAUCUUUGCGGGUGUCUACUAGACAUGUCAUCACGAAAAAGGUCAGGCGUUCAGAACUGGAGUCAAAUCCAUCUUCAAAUGCUGUAAGUGGAUUGCGCAUAUUGUGGUGGAGGGGUGGUAGACUCUCUCGCCACAUUUUUAGUUGGAAAGUUUUGCCCCGUUCAUUGGCUUGCAAAGCUGCUCGACAAGGUGGAUGUAAGAAGAUACCAGGCAUAUUAUAUCCGGAUGGUUCAGAUUUUGCCAAGAAAAGUAAGUCUCUGGUCUGGAGAGCUGCUGUCGAGGCAUCUAGGAGCGUGGAGCAGCUUGCUCUUCUGGUGAGAGAUCUUGAUGCAAAUAUAAGAUGGAAUGACAUUGAGAAUGCAAAUAUUCUAUCAAUGAUUGACAAGGAAUCUCAAAAGUCAAACAGGUUCUUCAAAAAGGUUAUAAUUCGGCGGAAGUGCUCUAAGGGACCAGUUGUUAAAUAUCUUCUCGAUUUUGGCAAAAGAAGGUUUAUCCCUGACGUUGUUAUGAAAUACGGAUCCAAGGUUGAAGACUCAUCAAGUGAAAAGAAAAGGUAUUGGCUGGAGGAAACCUAUGUUCCAUUGCACCUCCUGAAAAAUUUUGAGGAAAAAAGAAUUGCUCGCAUUUCUAGUAAGAUGACUUCUCCCAAGCUGCGGGAGCCUAAAGGAAUAAUAAAGAAACCAUUCAAGAACAAGGGAUUCUCGUAUCUUUUCUCAAAAGCAGAGAAAGCUGAGAAUUAUCAAUGUGGGCACUGUAAUAAGGGAGUACUCAUCAGGUAUAUCAACAUUACUGUUGUCUUUGCACUUGUUACGUGUGCUCAAGCAUCUAGCUAGUUAGCCUUAUACAAGAACUAUUUUAGUUUUAAUAUGUGUAAAGGAAUAAUAACAUGAAAAGAACUCACAGUGUGCAUUUCAAUUAUUGAAUGUAAAUGUCAAGGAACGAACUCAACCAAAAGCUCAAGCUUUUGGUUAUGGCG